UUCGGGAGUGGGAGGGAAAUACUGAAGAAGGGAAGGGGGGUCGCUAGAAGUCCGGGGGCGCAGGGAGAGACAGAGUCAGAGCUGCAGGAGAGGAUCACGUUACACUUCUCUGUAUCUCCAGCCCCCGCUCCUGAUCUGCGCGACCCCUCAGCCUGACUCGGCCGGUAUCAACUGCCUGAGGAUCUGUCCCUGGUGCUGAAAGCCGGGCCCGCCUGUAGCGCAGAGAGAAGCAGCCGCGACAUCUCCGGCCCAGAGACACAGUCGCACUGGAGGAGUCGGGAGUCAAGGGCAACGUGUCGGGGGCGCGGGUUUAGUGGCAGGAGAGUCCGAGGCUGAGUGUGAGGCACAGGCCGGGGCAGCUGCUCUCAAACUGACACCAACUCGGGCCUUGAACAACCUCCGAUCCACCAGCUGUUCCUUAAUAAUCAUCUCACACUUCAUAGAAGGACCCCCCAUAAACCAAACACUGCAAGGACUCAAUAGGGAACCUCUUACUAACAAGGACCCCCAGUCCAACUGUGACAAGUAGCUGAUUAGCAGGAGAAGCCCCCAGGCCUCCAGGGACCAUACAAGAGACCCUCCCCAGGCUGGAGACAAACUCAAAGCCCUUAGUUGGGACCCUCAUUAACAAGAGGAGACCCAAACAAGAGUGAAGUUCAAAACCCCCUGGAUGGAUCUCAUUACCAAUAACCAAACCACCAGGUAAAGGUACAACUCCAAUCCCCCAUUUAGGAUCCAUUUACACCCCAAGAUAAGCACCAGCUACUGACCAAGUGUGAGAUCACAGCUCUGCUUCUCUUUUCAUCCACCAGGACCUCCUCCAAGAUUAUCCUCACUGGAGAAACCCUGGUCUACAUAUACAAAGAGCAACAAUUAAAGGUAAUCCACUCUUUUGUGUUUCUACCUAUAAACUGAUAUAUACAGGGGGUGGGGGAAGCAGAUGCUCCAGCACCUUGACAUGUAAAGGGAUUCUCCAACAAGUAACCCCAUUUAUAGAGUCCCAGUGACCAUUACUACAAACCUCUCUUGGUGUCCUAAUACCGGUCUCUGAAACCAGCAAGCUAAAACUUUCCUAGACCCAAUUAAAGGUCAAGCACACCAAUCUACAGAUACUUCCAAGCAUGGACCUCUGAUCAGAAAAGGCACCCAUCAGCCCUACAGAUGAACAAGGUCAACGUUGACCUAGAUACCAUCAUCUCCCUGUGGAAAUUAGCACCCUCACAGGUCCCCCCAUCAUCAGCCAACUUCAUUGCCUACCUGGAGUCAAUUUAACAUUUGUUCAAACAUUUGAGGUGUCUUCACCCACUGGCGUACAAUAAACCAAGCCAACGAUGAUUCAUUUCCCUCCUGAUGCUUUCUAACAGGAUUAAAGGCUGACAACAGAUUCUUUGAAAACAGGAUUUUACUAUGCUGGUGGAGAAAGAGACCAUGUUUCCUGCAUAGGAGAGCCGUUUGCCUCUGGAAUUGCUGAAGUCGGAGAGAAUGCUGGGAUUCUGCCGGGGGAGAAGGAAGUUCCUGCUUGCCUCUCUGACCCUACUCUUUGUUCCAGCCAUCACCUGGAUUUACCUCUUCACCGGAAACUUUGAUAAUGGGAAGACGGUGUCUCUGUCUCCGCUGGACGCUCAGCCCCACAGCCCACGUUACUUGGCCUCCAGCCAGCGGGAGAGCUUGGAAGUGCGGGUGCGAGAAGUGGAGGAAGAAAACCGACUUCUCCGCAAGCAGCUCAGCCUGGUGCAGAGCCGGGUUCCCUCUCACAGACAUGGCAACCGCUCCAAAACCUACUCUAUGGAGGAAGGGACGGGGGACAGUGAAAGCCUGCGGGCCGGGAUUGUGGCCGGCAACAGCUCUGAGUGUGGGCAAACGCCAGCCGUGGAGAAGUGUGAGACCAUUCAUGUGGCCAUCGUGUGCGCUGGAUAUAACGCCAGUCGAGAUGUCGUCACCCUUGUGAAGUCCGUCUUGUUUCACAGGAGGAAUCCGCUCCACUUCCACCUGAUCGCAGACACAAUCGCUAAGCAAAUCUUGGCCACUUUGUUUCAAACGUGGAUGGUGCCGGCAGUGCACGUGGAUUUCUAUGAUGCAGAUGAGUUAAAGUCUGAGGUCUCCUGGAUCCCAAAUAAACAUUACUCAGGUAUAUAUGGGCUGAUGAAGUUGGUGCUUACCAAGACCCUCCCGGGCAGUCUGGAAAGAGUCAUUGUCCUGGACACUGAUAUCACGUUUGCUACGGACAUCGCCGAGCUCUGGGCCGUCUUUCAUAAAUUCAAAGGGCAGCAAGUGCUUGGACUGGUGGAGAAUCAAAGCGACUGGUACCUGGGAAAUUUAUGGAAAAACCACCGUCCUUGGCCGGCUCUGGGGAGAGGGUACAACACAGGGGUGAUCUUGCUGCUCCUGGACAAGUUGAGGAAGAUGAAAUGGGAACAGAUGUGGCGCCUCACUGCUGAGCGAGAGCUAAUGAGCAUGCUCUCUACAUCACUGGCUGAUCAGGACAUCUUCAAUGCCGUCAUCAAGCAGAACCCGUUCCUGGUGCACCAGCUCCCCUGUUUCUGGAAUGUGCAACUGUCUGAUCACACUCGCUCAGAACAAUGCUACAGGGAUGUCUCCGAUCUUAAGAUCAUACACUGGAACUCCCCUAAGAAACUGCGAGUAAAGAACAAGCACGUGGAAUUCUUCCGGAACCUCUACCUGACAUUUCUGGAAUACGAUGGAAAUCUCCUGCGGAGGGAACUCUUCGGGUGUCCCAGUGAGGCCGAUGUCAACAGUGAAAAUCUCCAGAAGCAGCUGUCUGAGUUGGACGAGGACGACCUGUGCUACGAGUUCAGAAGGGAACGCUUCACGGUUCAUCGCACUCAUCUCUACUUUCUACACUACGAGUACAAGCCGGCGGGAGACGACACGGAUGUCACUCUGGUGGCGCAACUUUCCAUGGACAGGCUCCAGAUGUUAGAGGCCAUCUGCAAACACUGGGAAGGUCCCAUCAGCCUGGCUCUCUACCUUUCUGAUGCCGAGGCCCAGCAGUUCCUACGUUACGCCCAAGGCUCUGAGGUUCUUCUCAAUCGGCGCAAUGUUGGCUACCACAUCGUGUACAAGGAAGGCCAGUUCUACCCGGUCAACCUGCUGAGGAACGUGGCCAUGAAGCACGUCAGCACUCCUUAUAUGUUCCUCUCGGACAUUGACUUCCUGCCUAUGUAUGGACUCUACGAGAGCCUCAGGAAGACAGUGGUCCAGUUGGACAUGAAGAACACCAAGAAGGCGCUCAUCAUCCCGGCCUUUGAGACUCUUCGCUACCGACUGUCCUUCCCCAAAUCUAAGGCAGAGCUGCUGUCUAUGUUGGACAUGGGAACCCUAUUCACUUUCAGGUACCAUGUCUGGACAAAAGGACACGGCCCCACAAACUUCGCCAAAUGGCGAACUGCGACCACUCCUUACCGAGUGGAAUGGGAGGCGGAUUUUGAGCCCUAUGUGGUGGUCCGACGUGACUGCCCAGAGUAUGACCGGAGAUUUGUUGGCUUUGGCUGGAACAAAGUGGCUCAUAUAAUGGAACUAGAUGCACAGGAAUAUGAAUUCACGGUGCUCCCCAACGCCUACAUGAUUCACAUGCCCCACGCCCCCAGCUUUGACAUCACCAAGUUCCGCUCCAAUAAGCAGUACCGGGUCUGCCUGAAGACGCUGAAGGAGGAGUUCCAGCAAGACAUGUCCCGGCGCUACGGUUUCACCGCCCUGAAAUACCUCACGGCUGAAAACAACAGCUAAUGCCAAACGGGCAAGAGCGGAUUUCAUGGAACCGACUGCCAGCGGAGAAUUGCAGCCAUGGUUGGCUCUAUUCUGGGUGCAUUAAAUGACUCGUUUUUGGGAACCCUUCCAAAUACAACUGUUUGGGCCAACACUGAGCGAUCGAGCCUUAGUUGAAGGCUUCCAAGAAAGCCGCUUGCAAAUUCUCCUCAACUUCGAAUACUGAGGCCGAGGACUGGGCCCUUCCUUACAAACAUCUCAAUCCUCGAAAUCUGCUACGGCCAAGAGAUCCGUUUACACCCCAAGGGGCAUGUGAAACCCUUAUUACACUGGAAUGAAUUUACUUACAAUCAUGGCAACGUGGAACCAGUGGCGUAUAUGAGGGGUGGUCGUCUUCUUAUGUUUUUUUGCACAUACUUUGAAAAGACUUUCAAUUUAGGGACUGGUCUAUAGUGUACAGAAAAGUCAGGCUGAUGCAAUACGUCCAUUUACCUGCAGGUGGCAGUAUCUGAAGCGAUAUAGAUAGAUAUCUAUACAAGUGUAUUGCUGGUGCAGUUCAGACACUGACCAGCAGAGGGCAGUGCUAUAUAUACACUUGAAUGCAAGAGAAAGCCAAGUAGAUGCAUUUCUGACACUUACCAGCAGAGGGCAGUGUUGGAGGCACACAGAGCCACUCUCAGGCAGACGCAGUUCUGACUUUAACCUGCAGGUGGCAGCAUUGAACGUUCUAUGCUCUAUUCUUUGGACAGACUCCGUAUUCAUUUGUUAAGAAUAAUUAAAGGGCAUUUCUUUCUAUUUUUGUAUCGUAUUCAUCCCUGUACUAAAGGAGUGGCCCCUAGUGACCAAUGAAGUCAGUGUGUAAAUAUAAGGAGAGGGGGAAGACCCAUUAUGUGUUGGUAAUAUCAUCUCAGUACAAUUAGGGGCAGAUUUAUCAAAGGUCGAAGUGAGAAUUCGAGUUUUUGUGUACUUCGACUAGGGAAUAGUCCAAAUUCGAUUAGAAAUUUAUCAUGUGUGGUCUUUUUAAAAAUUUGACUCUAAAACCUGCCGAAUUGCUGUUUUAGCCUAUGGGGGACCUCUUAGAACCCAUUUGGAAUCAAUUUCAUGGACUUUGUAAAAUCGAACUUACUUUAUUGGAAAAUACUUCGAUUUCUACGAUUUGAAUGCGCUAUUACUUCAAUUCGUACGAGUCGAAUUGACUAUUCACCUGCAAAAAAAAAGUAGAUUUUUAAAAAAAAAAUUCGGUUGGUCUUUUUGAAUUCUAAUUUUUAAGUUUUUCAAAUUCGAAGUACGACCCUUGAUAAAUCUACCCUUUAGCGGCCAUGGGACCCAGAGACAGUAUCAGUAUCUGGAAGGAACCAUCGGAAUCCCUGCUAAAAUGUGAAUGCUGAACAUCGGGAGCUCCCCCCACCUCCCCUACACACGCCGCAUGGACUAGACCUGAGCCCCUGCCCCCCCAAGUAUUUCUGAAAUGCAACAUCCUACAUCAGAUGGUUAGCACGUUGGCUGGCUGAGCAUGCUGGGAAUUGUAGUUCUGCUGGAUCACUUGAUCCCUAAGACAUCAGGAUGUAAGGGCUACAAAUGUAUUAUUAUUGCUACUUUUUAUUAUUUGGCUUUCUAUUCUGACCCUCUCCUAUUCAUAUUCCUGUCUCUUAUUCAAAUCACUGCAGGGUUGCUAGGGUGAUUUGGACCCUGGCAACCAGUUUGUAGAAACUGCAAAGCUGCCGAAUUAAGAUCAAAAUAACUCAAAAACCACAAAUAAUAAAAAAUGAAACCCAAUUGCAAAUUGGCAGAAUGCGUUGAUGAGUAUUAAUCUGUUUACGUUUCCUUUUAAAAGAAGAAAAAUGACUGAAAAUGACAGUUACCCUUAAGUGACAUCCGGCAACCAAUCAGAUGUAAGCUUUCAUGUUUAUAAUUGCACUAAACUGAUCAAAGCUGAUUCCUUAUUGGUUGCUAUAGUUUUCUCCUAGUUUUGAAGUGUUGCUGUUGUUCCCUGAUGUUCAGCCAGCGAUUGGUCAGUUUUUACCCAAUAGCCAACUGGGGUGGGGGGAUAAGAAGGUGGAUCAGCGGCAGGUGGGUUGUUGGUGGGGCGAAGAGGGGGUCACAAUUUUGUACCGUUUAGUAUUAAUUGUCAUGUUUACAAAUAAUCAGAAAAUGUCUAAUUCACUAUCCCGGCCACUUGCUCAGCAGCAGACGCUCAGUACGAAGACAAAAAACUCCCGGUGGGGUUCAGUUGUGCGGUGUUGGGGGGAUUCUUGUUAGAUUUAUACACAAAAUGCAAAUAAAUUGGAUCUUGUUUUAUAAUUA